GAACGAAGACGAGCUUUACUCAAAUUUUUGGAUCUUUUUGAAGCUUUAGAAAAUAUCAGAAAAUGGUGCCAUACAGCAACAGAACAUUUAAGUCGGGACAAGGAUCAGGAUCGGGAUCAGGAUAUGCUCAGCCAAAUCAGACAAAUUGAUUACCUCAUGUCAAAAUCAAGGGAUAUAAAGAUCAAGAGUAGAGCAGGGUUUGAGGAAGAUUAUGAAGAUAUCAAAACAUUACUCAGUGCUAAAACUGUUUUCCAGGUAGAUGAUGGUAUAGAUGAACUAGAGACUAUUAUGAGGAAGGUUGUGGAGAGAAGAGAGGAAUUGAGGGCACUCGCCCCCAAUACCAGGGGGGAAGCGGAGUCAUCAAUAGAUCUUAGUAUACGGCGAGAAAACAUCCUGUGUGAACUGCUGGAUACAGAGGAGAGAUAUGUUGCAGAUAUCCACAGUAUUCUUGUUGGAUACAGGGAUAAGAUGAUAAACCAUAACUCUUCCAUAAGUUUGAAAACUGAAACUAUUUUUGGAAAUUUAGAUGAGAUUGAAACAUUUCAUUCAAACUGUUUACUCCCUGAAUUAGAACGAUGUGGGCUCAAUAGUCAGGAGGUAGCCCGAACCUUUCUAGAAUUUUCCGACACAAUAAACCGACUGUACUGCAGAUAUUGCCAAAAUAUGGAGGCGGCUAGAAAUGCAGUGACUGAGGUGGGGGAGAAUAAUGCCCUAUUGAUGACCUGCCAGAAGGAAUUAGGCCACCAGCUUCCGCUUUCAGCUUACUUAUUGAAACCUGUGCAACGAUUAACUAAAUACCAACUUCUGCUAAAGGAUUUGAGUGACAGUUCGUAUCCCAGUGGAAAAUUCGAGCUAGAUGAAUGUGUUGAUGUUGUGCUAGGGAUGAUAAAAGCUGUGAAUGACUCUUUGCACCAAAUUGAUAUAAAAGGACUGCCUGAAAUCCUGCACCCCCUAGGAUCUCUAGUAUGCCAGGAAACCUUUGCUGUUCUAACUGAGAACAAAUCACAAAGUCAAAUCCUUUUCAGAAAUCGUCAACAAAGACGACAUGUUCUGCUGUAUGAAAAUCAUAUCGUGUUCUGUAAACAGUCUGGAUCAGAUUACCAUUUUAAGUUCAGUUUGGCCACCUCUACCCUCGGCAUGUCAAGUAUUAUCAAGAAUGAAGAAAAGAAGAUGGAAUUGUGGUUGACAGGGCAGGCUGAUAUCUACACUCUGGAAGCCAAGAGUAAAAAACAAAAAGAGGAUUUUGCCGCGGAACUCAGGAAAGUGAUUGUGGAACAGAAAGAAAAAGAGAGUUCUAGUCGACGAAGUUUGCAUCCGGCCAUGUUUACGGAAACAAUGAGCACAACUUCCGGGUCAGAAUCCCUCAGGUCCCGAAGGUCCCAUCUAAGUAGAUCUAAGUCCUUGGACCAAGGUGGGGGAAGAAGGCACAGAUCUCGGUCAUUGGAUCCAUAUCAGGAUCGAAGUUCAAGUGAAGAAUUAAUAGAUAAUCAAGCUCCAACCUUUCCAAGAUAUCAGGUUUUGGCCGACUAUAUGGCACUGACCGGCCGGGAGCUAAAUCUAGAGGAGGGGGAGACUGUUGAGCUGAUAAAAAUAGGAUGUUCUGGUUGGUGGUUUGUCAGAUUGUCGUCUUCCCCGUACUCCGAGGGUUGGGCGCCCUCUACCUACCUGGAGAAACUACCACAAAGAAACCGAACCCUGGAUAGAAAAUAAGACAAGCCUGACCAAUCAACAAAUAUUUGAUGCUUUUUUCUCACACUCGCAGCUAAACAAUGCAACAAAAGCUCUGGCAUUCCCUUAGAUCCAAGGUUCUUUAAUAAGGUUGGUUACUCUCAAUGCGCUCCUAUGUACGGAUAAUGUCGUCUCUUAAACAUAGAAAGAUACAGGGUGUCCCACGAAACAUAACAGUAGAAGGUGACUUGAAAGUCAACUUUGAUCUUGGAAUUUAUUUGUCACAUUCAGUCGUCAACCUACUUUACCAUUUAUGAUUCUUGAAACAAUUAUCACAAAAUUCUCCUAGUUCUGGAACUUCCAAAAUGUAGUUCUUCAUAUCUCGAGGAAUAUUUAAAGCACAAAAAAAGGCAGACCACAUGUUGGAAAUAUCAGAACUAACGGUAAUUUGACUACUUUCUCUAGUUUUUACUUGUAAAUUUAGGUUGACAAAUAAAUGCAGUAAAAAUCAAAGUUGAUGUUCAGGCCGUCUUGCUCCUGUCAUGUUUCGUGGGACACCCUGAAGAAUUCUCAUAUGACGUCACGCUCGCCUCUAAAAUGCGAAUACUAUCUAUGCUAAGGAGAUGACAUUAUCCGUACAUUGGAGCGCAUCUAGAGUAACCAACCUUGUUAAAGAACCUUGCUUAUAACUAAGAUGGAGGAUGGGGUAAAUAUCAAACAUGUUCAACUUUAUUCUUGCCUUGUAUCUCUAGCAAUUUAUAAACAUUUCUCUCAAACUUCCAGCUACAAUUUAAGCCUACAAGUCACGUAGUACGGUGAUAUCCCAAUUUGUAAGGCUGAAAAGGAUUUGUUUGAAACACACACUUUCUGAGUUCAACUUUUCUGCAAAAGGAAAUGAGUCUUUGUCAGAAACUCUGGUUUUCUCAUCAUUAUUAUCAUUACAAUCCAAUGCUGGAAACUUUACAUAUUUCAAAUUAUGAAUUCUGUUGUUCAAAUAAUCAAAGGUUAACCUCAGCAGGUUGCAAAUAUAUUUGGAACAUAAAUCUGAGUUUGAUGCCAAGACUCUAUUCCUUUCUUUCUGAGAUUUAACUCCUUUUUUAUUGACUGAUUAAUAUUUUCUGAUAAUUAUUCUGAAAACAAAACCGCUCAAAUAAUAGAUUUAUAAGAUAUCAAUAUCAAACAAUAAAAGUUGCGCAUUUAAUAAAAUUGUGAUUUUCUUGUUCAUUAUCAGAUAUUGUUAUUUUUGACAAUCCUUCAAGUUUUAUGUCUGGCACAGAUCAGCAUGUACAACUGUACAGUACAAUGCACUCUGCUGGGUUCAUUUUCCUGGAAUUGUUCAUAAAUAUCGUCUUCCUUGUUCUUCGUCAUUUAACCUGUGUUUUGUAUAUACGUUGUUUUAUACGUCUCCUUACCAACUACCACUAGUCAAAUACAUAGCUCCUCGGUAGAAAUGGUUUUUAAUAAAAAUGUUGUUUUAUCAAAAAUAUUUUAUUUUUUUAGACAUAUUGCACAAAUCUA